AUGGAAGUUGUAACUCCAGGGCAAGAGAUCAGAAGCGAAGCAGGGUUCCUGCGGGGGCAUGGGACGUAUGUGUGGAAGGGCAAGCUCAUAGCGUCGGUGGCGGGGAUAGUCCAGAGGGUGAACAAGCUGGUGUCGGUAGUGCCACUGAAGAGCCGAUAUGGAGGACAAGUGGGAGAUGUCGUGGUGGGACGAGUCGUUGAGGUCGGACAGAAGCGUUGGAACCUUGACAUUGGAGCUGCUCAGUCGGCAGUGUUGAUGUUGUCGUCGGUGAACCUGCCGGAGGGAGAGCACAGGAGGAGAACGUACGAGGAUCAGCUGAACAUGCGAACGUUGUUUGUGGAGGGCGAUCUUGUAAGCGCGGAGAUUCACCAGUUCUUUCAAGAUGGUUCGAUCUCCGUUCACACAAGGUCAUCCAAAUAUGGAAAACUGCAGAAUGGAAUGUUGAUAGAGGUCCCAGCAUACUUGAUUCGGAGAGCCAAACAAGUACUACCCUUCUCUUUUCCUUCCUCCCCCUUCCAUCCUCCCCGCGCUCCUCCUCAUGUGUUGUCUUGCCAGUCUGAAGUUGCCGCUCACAGCAACGGAUACAUCUGGAUCACGCAUGUGCUCCCUCCUGAGGCCGGGGAGGCGGGUGACAUGGACGAGCUGGAGAAGUUGGGAGGAGGGCGGCCAGCGAGCGAGGAAGAUAUGUAUACUUGCAGGAAAUGUUUGUGCAGAGUCAGAAACUCAAUCCUGGCCCUUGCGAAAUACCACCUUGAGAUUUUCUCAACCUCCAUUCUUGACACCUACGAAAGCAGCUUGAAGCUUGAUAUUGAGUUGUCUUCCAUGCUCGAUGACGGUAACUAG